AUGAUCUCACGUUUCGUCCAGCUAGUACUUCUAGCGGGGAUGAUUCUUCUGAUCCCAUCCUUUCUCUACCUUUCACAUCCAGCUACACCAACCCUAAUCGACCCAGCUACAGGGCUAGCCUAUUCGUCCGACUCCAUCCUCACAGGUCAGACCAACGAUCUCGCACAAGUCUCACAAGGUAAAGGCGUCGAUCAAGCAGCACAUCUCUGGAACGGUUGGAACUGGCAAGAUGCCUCUUCGCAUGUCAACGACGGUGUUCAUAAAGUACAAGACCAAGUCAAAGGGUUCAUUGAUCAUUGGCGACCCAUUCCUCCCACCACAAUAGCACCUGUCGAUUCCAAAGUCAAACCACCAUCAAAACCCCCCUCUUCCACCUUCAAUCCACCAGCAAAAGACGUCGAGAGGGUCGAAGGAGUCAUCAUGCCCGAAAUGGCCAAUGCAACGGCCAAAGCCGCCCUUGGUCGAUCCACCUGGCAUUUCCUCCACACUAUGACUCUACGCUUUCCCGAUACACCCACAAAGGAAGAAUCAGAAACAUUACGAAACUUUUUCCAGAACUUUGCAAAGCUAUAUCCAUGUGGAGAGUGUGCAAGACAUUUCCAGCAACUGUUAGGGGAGUUGCCACCACAGGUCGGGUCGAGGAAAGCAGCGAGUUUGUGGUUGUGCGCAGUGCAUAAUGAAGUGAACAAGAGUCUGGGCAAGGAGGAGUUUCCUUGUGAUAAGUUGGACGAAAAUUAUGAUUGUGGUUGUGGAGACGAUCCGAAGAAUAGGACCAGUACGAGUAGUGCGGUGGCGGCUGCACAGACGACAGGGAAGGAGGUUACGCCUUUUGCAUAG